CAAUUCUUCAAGAAUGGAUCAAAACCAAUCUCAUUUGAUAGUCGUAGAAGAUUACGAUAACGGUUUAUCCACAACAUCAAUAACACCUGUUCCACAUAAUUGUCUUCCAACUAUUAUAGAAAUUAAGCCUUAUAAAAAAACUUUAUCAUAUUAUUAAACGUUAUCUAUGGAUUGCUCCUUUUAUGGUUGGCUGUCUUAUUCCAUCAUUUUGUUUACUCAUAUAUGUCAUCAAAUUAUUUAACGAUAAUUUACAUCCAAUUAUACCAUUGAUCAGUGAUUUAGGUGCAAAACCACCGGUUGCUGGCUAUAUAGCACAAAUUUUUGAUUCAAUCGCAAUACUAAAUUUUAUCACCGUUUGGGCUCGUUAUAAACAAGUAAAAUUUUACAUUGAAAAAUAUUUCAAUAACGUCGGUAUCGGCAUCAGUCAAAGGCUAAAACGAAACAAUCGUUAUUUUGCAAUUUUUGGUUGCGGAUAUUCUCUCGGUGUAAUGAUAUUGGGAAAUUUUCGCAAUACCGAACAGCCAUUCGAACAUGGUAUUGGUUUUGUGGUUAUGACAUGUAUUCUAGGAGAAAUUUUUUUCAGGUCAAACAUUUGUAAUAAAUUAUAUUCAUUCAAACGUAUUGAAUCACAACCGGUUACAAUACGAUUCUGUUUUUGGCUUAUCAUUAUUAUUUUAUUUAUGAGUGGCGUUUUCAUAACAAUUUCUGUUUUAAAAUUAGAUUCAAUAUCACUUUGGUUGGACAAUAAUCAACGAAUGAAUUGGCAACCACAUCAACCAGGAUACAUAUGGUUUACAAUGGGCACUUUUCUAGAAUGGUUUCAUGUUAAUUGUUGUUCAUUAUAUUUUUUUUCAAUCAGUCAUCGUAUGCAUUUAUUCAAACAAUGGCAUCAAGUAAAAUAAAAAUUAAUCCAAUAUACAAUAUAUUUAUA